ACAUAUAUCUUUAUUUUUUUCCUACUUCUUUCUCGUGUUCUCCUCUAUCUCGCCCAAAUCACUCUUCCUCUGAUAGCUUCUCUCAUCUUUAUCAUGUUCAUUUUCUCUUACAUCUAGAUUCUAAUUAGUGUAGAGCUCAGCAAACAUGGCAGUGGUGAAGAAGCAGCAGUAGAGAAGAAAGAUCCAAACCCCAAUGGUGAAGAAGAUUGUUGGAGUUGUAGGAACCGAGUCUUUUCAGAGACCCAUUUGGAAAUGCUUCUCUUUUGAAGAAAUCUGUGAGGGCACCGAUGGUUUCAGCUCAGAUAAUUUGGUUGGAAAAGGAGGCUACGUAGAGGUAUAUAAAGGAGUUUUGAGAAAUGGAGACGAAAUAGCUGUGAAAAGGCUCACGAAAACAGCUUUGGAUGAGAGAAAAGAGAAAGAGUUUUUUACUGAGAUUGGAACCAUUGGCCAUGUCCACCAUAGAAACGUUUUAUCACUCCUUUGUUGUUGUAUUGAAAGUGGUCUUUACCUCAUUUUCCAAUUCUCUUCCAUAGGCUAUGUUGCUUCUCUUCUCUAUGGUAAGAUUUAA